AUGAGGACACUGAGCCUGUGGUUACUUCUCCUUGCUUCAGCCUGAGCAGAGGAGCAGGACAAAGUGGUGCAUGGCAGUCCCUACCACCCAGACGCCUACCCCCUCCAGGCUGCACUCUUCACCUCUGGCCACUUGUUCUGCGGUGGGGUCCUGGUGGACCGGCAGUGGGUGCUCACAGCCGCCCACUGCAAAAAACCGCAACUGCAGGUCUACCUGGGGAACAACCUCCAUCACCAGGAGAGCUCCUAGGAGGAGUUCACUGUGGUCUGCAAGGUCAUCCACCCCAACUACCGCCCCAGGACCCGUGACAACGACCUCAUGCUGCUGCAUCUGGCUCGGCCCGUGAAGACCUCUCAUCGGAUACAGCCACUGCCAAUGGAGACCAACUGCUCGGCCCAUAAGUCCCACUGCCAAACCCUGGGCUGGGACAAGACAGAAGAGAGUGUUUUUCCUGACACCAUUAACUGUGCUGAAGUCCACCUGGUGCCAAAGGCAGACUGUGAGGGAGCCUACCCCGGCCAGAUCACCCGGACCAUGGUGUGUGCCAGCAACGACCAGGAAGGAGCAGAUUCCUGCCAGGGUGAUUCCGAGGGCCCCCUGAUAUGUGACAACCAUCUCCGGGGCAUUAUGGCUUGGGGUGAUUUCCCCAGCGGAUCCAAGAACAAACCAGGAGUCUACACCAACAUCUGCAUGCUUCUCCAAUGGGUGAAGAACGUCAUUCGCCAGGAUGGCUCUGGCCUGUGA